AUGGCCGCUUUGGACUACGACAUGGACGAGAGUACGAUCGCCAUCGCUCGAGCAUCUCCCGCCGGCUUUGCCCAGUUGAAGCGCAACGCUCUGCUCCUGCUCAAUGUCCAUGAAGACGGGUCGUACAAGACCACCAUCAAAAACGUCGAUCGGUUCAAGCUCGCCAUCAAGCUCGUCUCGCACGGCCUGUCGUUCCGGCAGACUGCAAACGCCAUGGAGGCCGUGCGCGCCACCUUCAACCUCAACAAGCUAACCGGCAUCAAAGACAACAGGUCGAUGUCGAUCGAGUUCGACGGCAGCAGUCACCGCGGGACGACGUUCAUCGACUUGCGUGUCCGUCUCGGCGUCAAGGGCGUCGUGAUGUUGAAGAAGCUGCUCUCUGCUAUCUACCCCUCGUGGGCCGACAAGCUCCUCGCCGUCUCCACGGACGGUGAGCCGACCAACAAGGGUCGCAUCAACGGCGUGCAAACGCAGCUCGUCGGGCUUGCGACGCAUGACGUGUUGCAGAUAUGGUGCGUUCCGCAUCAGAUGGAUCUCGUCGUCUAA